GAAUCAGAGCUUUACGUGUCAUCUAUUGGUCUGUAAAGAGGAAGUAACCGGAUGUGGAAACAUUAGCUUGGCUUGCUAAAUCCCGAUAGAAAAAUCUCUUAAAGUUUGUGAAAAACGAGUAUAAUUGAAGUCUAAGACUCUCCACUCAACACUCGCCGUGAGGAAACCGCUUCUACAUGUUUGCUUUGAACAGCUGUGCUAAAAGACACGUCCACGCUGAGUUUGUGAGACAGUACGGGGAAGCACAAGUCGUCUGUGGACACCUCCCCUAAGCCUUGUUGCUCAGCUGAGGACCAAUACUAGGGACAGUUACAGAGUGGAACCAGAACUUCUGACCAAGGAAGCAGAUAACCAGAAGCUGUCGGUUACAUGGCUGAAACCGUGACCUACUAAAAAACAUAUGUAGGUUGCAAACAAGGAUUGUGAAAAAGGAGAAUCCCAGGGGGAUCAAGGGUGUCUAAAAUGAUGAAGGUCAAAGCUGACAUCCCCAGAGGGCUCCGUGUGGAGCCCCCCAUUCCUGCAGCAUCCACAUCAGAACCGGAGCAGAAACAAGACAGCAAAGAUCUCAUCCAUCAGAUGUUGGUGAUUAAAGUGGUUCCCCAUGACUGGAGCCCCAGUUUGGACCAGCAGGAUCCAGGGCCCCCCCACGUAAAGGAGGAAGAUGAGGAGCUGUGGAUCAGUCAGGAGGAAGAGCAGCUUUCUGUAAAGAGUGAAGAUGAGGAAAAACCUCAGUUAUCAGAGCUUCAUCAAGGUGAAACUGAAAACAAUAGAGAGACAGAAGCUCCAACCAGCAGCUCAGUUAUACAGAUGGAAAGAGAACCUGAUGGACAGAGCUGUGGAGGAUUAGAACCAGACAAGAACCCAGAUCCAGUAUGUUCUUCCCACCUAAGUAAGAAGAUGGUUGAGAGAAGAGUGUUCCCAGUCCAUCAGAUAUUGGUGAUUAAAGAGGAGGUUCCCCAUGAUUGGAGCACCAGUUUGGAACAGCAGAACUCAGAAUUCCCCUUCAUAAAGGAGGAAGAUGAGCAACUCUGGAUCAGUCAGGAGCAAAAACAGCUUAUUGUGAAGAGUGAAGAUGAAGAGAAACCUCCGUUAUCAGAGUUUCAACACCUCAAGACUGAAGUUGACAGAGAGACAGAAUCUCCAACUAGUUGUUUAGCUGAACAUAUGCAAGCACAACCUGAUGAUGAGGACUGUGGAGGACCACAACCAGAGAGAAACUCAGAGCCUGUAUGCUCUUCCAAACAAAGUAGGAUGAAAGGUCUCAACGGAGAUGAAGAAACUAAACUCUGUUCCAAACCUAAGGGUCAGAUUGGAGUUGGCACCAGAGAGAAAGUAUUUGGUUGCAACAUUUGUGGCAAAAGAUUCAAGCAAAAGACUUCAGUUAAAUUACACAUGAUGACUCACACUGGAAAGAGAGAACAUAACUGUGGUCUGUGUGGUAAAGGAUUCAAAGAAAAGCGUUCUCUUCAGACACAUAUGACCCUCCACACUGGAGAGAAACCGUUUGUUUGUUGUCUUUGUAGUAAAGGGUUCUCACUCCAACAGAGUCUCAAGACUCAUAUGACACUCCACACCGGAGAGAAACCGUUCAUUUGUAGCAUUUGUAGCAAAGGGUUCUCUCGGCAAGGCAAUCUAAAGAGACACAUGCGUGUUCAUACAGGAGAGAGGCCGUUCAUUUGUAGUGUUUGCAGCAAAGGAUUUUCACUGCAGCAGAAUCUAAAGAGUCACUUGCAUGUUCACACAGGAGAGAAACCAUUCAUUUGUAGUGUUUGUGAUAAGGGUUUUUUACAACAGGUUAAUCUGAAAAACCACAUGGAGGUUCACACAGCACCAUUUAGCUGUAGUGAUUGUGGUAAAUGUUUUGUUAAGGAAAUCCAGUUAAAGCGACAUGUGAGGCUCCACACGGAGGAGAGGCCAUUUGGGUGUGUUGUCUGUAAAAGCAGGUUUAAUCAUAAGUGUAACCUGGAAAGUCACAUGAGAGUCCAUUCAGGAGAGAAGCCAUUUGUUUGUAGAGUUUGUAGUAAAGCAUUUUCACAACAAGGAGAUCUAAAGAGGCACAUGCGUGUUCAUCAGUGUAUAUAAUCUGUGAAAGGGACUGCUUGGUGAAACAUUGGUCAGCACUCGUGUCUUGCAACAAGACAGCCCUGGGUUUGAAUCCUGGGUUCUCUCUCUGGCAUGUUGUCUUUGUACCCGCAUGGGUCUUUGGAUACUCUGGCUUCACCCAACAGUCCCAAAAUAUUUAUUAGAUUAUGUGUUAGAUUAACUGGUUUUCUUUAAAUUGGCAUAAAACGUGUGUGUGUGCGCACAUGUGUGCAUGGUUGUUUGUCUUGUAUGUCUUUGUUGGCCUGUGAUGAACUGGUGACCUUUGUCCUAACCUGUCGAUAGGAGAGGAUUGAUGUUCUCAGUAACUCAGUAACAUAUAAAUUCCCACUAAAUUAAAAUAAUAAUUUGUAAAACAUGAGUUCGAAAAGAUGUUUUUCUUUUUCUUUGGCCAUUACCUGCUCAAAUUAGAUCUACUUCAUAGGACAACUUGUGACUUUAAGUCAGUUAUUCUAAUAAUGAAUAUUAUGUGUAAAACAAAAAAAAAAACACACAAUGUUUUAAGCAUUAAAGCUGCCAAAAGACCAGUUAAAGCUUGAUGAAAUGAUCUUUCUUAUGUUUUUACAAACAGAAUUAAUGGUUUGAUAACUCUCAAAAAGGAUUCAACUAUGGGUUCUUGAAUGUUUUUUCCGGACCAUAAUUUGCUGGGUCCAAUCUACUCAGGCUGCUGCUUGUGUGCGUUUCCACUGAAACUGGGCUAAUCAUGUAGAUGACAUUAUUAGCAGCUCCUCCUGCAUGAGAGCUUCUGGGAUCUGUCAACACAGCUCUGCAGCAAAUGCAGAGUCAAGAAUGUGAUGAAAAACGGUAAAAUCAGACAAAUACAGCAUUAAUUUCGGAUUUAUCUUUUUUUAAUUGCUGGUUGAGCUUUAUUUGUUGUAAAAGUCAUAAAAUAAUUCUAGUCUUGAACUGUUGACUUUGGGAGUUGAUAUAAAAGUCCUGAUUAAUCCCUCA